GUUUGUCAAAUAAAUAAAUAAAAUCUUAAAAAAAAAAAUCAGAACCUGUUGAUAUAAAGAGACAUCUUCAAAUCAAAAUCAUGUGGUUGUAAAUUUUCAUUCAAGAAGUUCAGAAGUUUUAUACUGGGGUGAGCAUUUCAGAGGACAUUGUUUAGUUCUAAAACCAUGAAGUUUUCUCCAUUCCCUCAGCGUGCUAUACCAGCAUGCAUGUUCAGGCUCAAACCUGCCUCUGUGUCUGUUUAAUGAGCUCACUCCCACAUCUAUCCUAUAUCCUGGCCAACCAGCAAAAGUGCUUUUCUCUGUAAAUUACACUGUGCAUGUUGGCGUCUGGGUCAUUGUCUUUGCUUUGAUGCCCUUUCUUGUCAACUUGAUGAAAUCAUUAUUCAAGGCCUGGUUUGUAUGUUCUCUUUACUUUCCCCCCUGAUGCUGUGGGCCAGACUCAAUUAUUCACGCCUCUAUCCUCCUAGAACCUUUGUAGUAUCACCUUGCACAUUGUCUUAUAGGUGAUUGAUUAUAUAUUUUUUUUGUCUCCUUGAGUUAUAAAUUCCUUGAAGGUUACGUCUAUCUAGUAUUCAUCCUUGCAUCUCCAGAUGUCUAACAUAGUGGUAUGUGCUCAAGUAAUGUUUAAAUUAGUUAAUCCACGUUAUAUUGUUUGUGGCCAGGAUCAACUGCCUGUAGUCACCAGCAAGGUAUACAAUGCAGUAGCAGAUCUCUGGAAACCCUGGUUAGAUGAAGAAGCUAUUCAUACUUUACGGAAAGGGGGCUUUUAUUCACAGAAAGUAUCACCUAAUCUGAACCUUAGGAUCAUCAGUCUAAACACAAACUUGUACUAUGGCCCAAAUAUUGUGACUCUGAAUGAGACUGACCCAGCAAAUCAGUUUGAAUGGCUGGAGAAUACACUGAACACCUCUCAGCAAAAUAAGGAGAAGGUGUACAUCAUAGCACAUAUUCCGGUGGGGUAUCUGCCCUAUUCCGGCAGCACCACAGCAAUGAGGGAAGUCCAUAAUGAGAAAUUGAUAGAUAUUUUCAGAAAAUACAGCAGUGUCAUUGCAGGACAAUUUUAUGGACACACUCACAGAGAUAGCAUGAUGGUUCUUUCUGAUAAAAAAGGAAGUCCAAUAAAUUCUUUGUUUGUGGCUCCUGCUGUUACCCCAGUGAAGAGUGUUUUGCAAAAACAGACCAACAAUCCUGGCGUCAGGCUAUUUCAGUAUGAUCCUCAUGAUUAUAAAUUAUUGGAUAUGUUGCAGUAUUAUUUGAACCUGACAGAUGCAAAUCUAAAGGGAGAAUCCAAUUGGAAGCUGGAGUAUGUGCUGACUCAGACCUAUAGCAUUGAAGAUUUGCAGCCAAAAAGUUUGUAUGGAUUAGCUAAACAAUUUGCAGUCCUAGGCAGUGAGCAGUUUACAAAAUACUACAAUUACUUCUUUGUGAGUUAUGACAGCAGUGUAAUUUGCGAUGGGAAGUGUAAGACCUAUCAAAUUUGUGCAUUUUUGAGUCUUGAUCAUAGUUCCUAUGUAGAUUGCCUCAAACAACAUUAUAUAAAGUACCAUCCCUAGUAUUUCAUGGUUUGUGUUCAUAGAAAAUGUAACACUGCUCUGUUUCUGAGCUCAGUUUGUGGAAAUUGUUACAUAAAUCUUUGUGAGUUACUGAGUGGGCAAGCAGAAUUCCUAUCUUUGCUUUCUUUUUUAUAAUCCUCAAACGUAGAUAUUUGUAACAUUCUAAAUCUUAUUAUAUCAAAUAUAUUUGAACUGCCCAUUUCUAGAAUGAUGUCUGGACGUGAAUACCCUAUCUUCCAGUUUAUAGAUCUAAUGCAAACUCUUGUACACUCUUGAAAUUGUCAUUUAUGCAAUAAAGCAAAUGAUUUCUCCUCAA